CUAGACUUCGACGGCACAAUCUUCAUGCAAGACACCGGCCACAUCCUCUUCGAGACCUUCGGCUGCGGCCCCGAAAAACGCGCCCUCCUCGAAUCGCAAAUCAAAUCCGGCGAGCGCAGUUUCCGCGAAGUCUCCGAGGAUAUGUGGGCAUCGCUCGACGUACCCUUUGAGGAUGGGUUCAGAGCUUUAGAAGACGGUCUUGAGAUCGAUAAAGACUUCCUUCAGUUCCAUGCCUUUUGUCGGAAUAACAAUAUCCCGUUUAAUGUCAUCUCAGCGGGGUUGAAGCCGGUGUUGAGGAGGGUGCUGGAUCAUUUCUUGGGAGAGGAGGCGAGUAGUGGGAUUGAGAUUGUGGCGAAUGAUGCGGAGAUUGACAAGGAAGGGCAUGCGUGGAAGCCGGUGUGGAGGCAUAAUACGCCAUUGGGACAUGAUAAGGCGUUAAGUAUUGAUGAGUAUAAGAGGCGGGCGGAGAUCGAGAGUGAGGAUGGGACGAUACCUAUGGUUGUCUUCAUCGGCGACGGCAUCUCCGACCUAGCAGCAGCCGGCCAAUCCGACGUCCUCUUCGCCCGCCGCGGCCUCGCCCUCGAAAACUACUGCAUCGAGAAGAAGAUCGAACACAUCCCCUACGACAGCUUCGCCGACAUCCAGCGCGAAAUCAUGCGAAUCGCCAAACUUGACGAAGCCAAGACGAAAGGCGAAGGUCUGCCAGCCAAGUUCAACCCCCGGGCGAAUAUGUGGCGGAGGGUCAGUUCGAAGCAGGCGAUCCCGGCGUUCAAGGCGCUGACGCCGCAGAACGAGGAGAGGGCGUUUUUGUGGCCGGAGACGUUUACGGAGACGAGGAGGCCGACGGCUUUGAGGGCGGCGACGUCUGCGUAG